GUCUUGCCGGGCUUAAGUGUGGACCCACGUCUCACAAACAUGCUUUGUUUCGUCUUAUCAUGGACAAGUCCUCCUUCCGUGUGCAAGCCUCCGCCUCUACUUUGUCUCCUGCGUCCAAAAACGCUGGAAACCCGAAGAUCAACGACCAAUGGGCCUGGAUCAACAGUUUGCCUAACUCUCCUUACCAGGACUACAGCACCAUCAAGUUUAGCGGUAUCUCGGAAGAGGACGUCCUCCGAGGAGUGAAUGUCCUGGCCUUUUUCACGGAUGUAAUCAAGGGAAAGGGUUGGGGAGCUAUGUUAGGUAGAAGGCUCAACAUGACGGAAGUGCACGUCCGUGAGGUGGAUGGGGGCGGGGUGCAGGCUGAGGUCGUGAUUGAGACCACUGUGAUGGACGACAUGCGGAAUCCCUUCGGCUCGCUUCAUGGAUCCUGCAGUGCAUGGCUAGUCGACAUGUGCUCCUCGACACCCCUUGUGACGCUCGGCUUGCUCCAGAAGACAGACAGUAGUGGGAUGUCCCAGGCCAUGAAUCUCAUUUAUCACGGACUUGCGCCGUUAGGCACAGAGCUCAAGAUCGUGUCAACCAGCGUUACGAAUCAAGGGAAAAUUCGAGUGUCACGAUGUGAGAUCAGAAACAAGAAAACCAACGCUCUGGUCGUAUCAGCUAUGCACACGAAGGUGGGAGGAGCGGCGAAAGCGGUGGCCAAAUUGUAACUCGUCGGCGCUGUUGUACUUGUUGUACUCUCAUUACUCUGUAUUCGUGGUGUGUACUCGUAUGUCUCACUGAGC